AUGCGUAAGCCGCGCGAGUCCUUGUCGGGCACAACCCAGGUUGUUCCCCUCCUGACUCGCCCUGGAUCACCCGGCACAGCCGGCCUCGUUGCAUUUGGGGACUCCUACAGCGCGGGAAUCGGGACAGGCGUACAUGGCAAGGAGACUGAUUGUAGACUCGGAGAGCGCGCACACCCUGUCUUGAUCCACGCUGAUCUAGCAGGAAGCCAAGGACCCAAUACGACAGCCUUCCAGUUUCUUUCCUGCACCGGUUCUACAACUGGUAACAUCGUGUCGGGAGGCGAGCGCAGUCAGGUCGAUAGCUUCAACGCCUCGAUCAAUGCAGACUUUGCGCUGCUUUCUAUUGGAGGCAACGAUCUAGGCUUCUUCAAGGUGAUGAACGCCUGCAUCUUUCGCUUCUACAGCUUCUACUCCGGUACUUGCGAAACGGCACUACAUGAGGCGGCCGAGCAAAUCGAGGGCAGCGCCUUUGAACAACGUCUGGAGAUGGUCGUCAUGCAGAUAUUGGAUAAGGUCCAGUGGGAGAAACGCCCUUGGUUUGUCAUCACCGUCACAGGAUACGCGCGCUUUUUCAACGCCGACACCGAUGAGUGCGACAACUGCACGCUGGGUGUGUGGUCACAAGGCCCCAAACUUGAUCGAGUCCGUGUCCGCAAGCGCAUGAACGACCUGGUCCUCGCAGUCAACGAUAAACUGAGAAAGUCCAUAGACAACGUCAACUCCAGGUUCGCGCAGCCCAAGGUGGUUUUUGUUGAUUAUGAUGCCAGAUUCGAUGGCCAUCGCUUCUGCGAGCCCAAUGUGACGGAGCCAGCGUACAACAGGACCGAGACGUGGUUCUUCUUGGUGGGUGGGAAGGACAACGAUCCGAACGUGAUGGACCCCACACCGGCUCCGAAUGGUACCGUCGCUGGCGCCGGUUGCGACUGCACGUCCGCAAGGACGUUGUCAUCCCCAUCUCCUUUUGUAGACCCUGAUACCUGUCUGGGCCCGGCUGAAAAUUCCGGAGACUGGGGUUUGCUUGCCAUCUGCUACAUGGCCAGGGCACAACAGGAAGAUCCAUCGCUACGAUUUGCCCGCGACGACAUCAUAUCGCAAAACUCCAUGUACUUGGGUCACGAGGCGAUCAAGGAUGAGAUAUACCGCGUGUGGGCCGAGCUAGGAAUGGUAUACUGCGGCAAGGCUUCUCAAGGUUGCCAAAACUGUCGGACUCGCCGUAUCAAGGUCAGUCGCGUGACCCCGUUCCACCCUCGGCACACGUUGAGAAUAGAUAAGCGCUUCAUACAGGCAGGUGCAAUCUGCAUCGUGGCUGACAAGAACCCUUUUCAGUGCGAUAAAGUGAAGCCCGAAUGCUCACAGUGUAUUCGUGUGGGCAAGAAAUGCCCUGGCUACCGAGAUCAGCUGUCUCUCAUGUUUAGAGACGAGUCAAAAAAGGUGAUCAAGAAAGCUCACGCGCAAUGGGGUGUUCCCGAGGGCUCCGAAAACGAGAACGGAUCUGCCGUAUUGUCCACGUCGACUGCUCCGACUCCGCCAUCGUCGUCUCCAGCAUACAGCCGAAAGAGCACACCGACUAGCGGCGGAAGUGCAUCACGGUCAGGAAAGGCUUCAGCCUCACCAGUCUCCGCCUCCGUCUCCCCAUCUUCGAGCCACCGCUCUCCGGGCUCGGUGUCUCCGAUGGUGUUACCGAUUGUCAAACAAGAACCAGUCCGGGAGACGAGUCCUUUGACUAUUCGCGUUGGUCCUACCCUGGAGGAACAAGGCCUGCAAUUUUACGUCAAUCGAUACCUCGUUGGACAUCCAGAUGAAGUCAAAUCGGCCUCAGAUCUUGCCUCGGAACCUUGGGUAUGGCACCCGGCGUUGCAAGAUGUCAUGUGUGCCGUGGGGCUUGCCGGGCUGCACAAUCUGACGGGAAACAUUGAGAUGAUGUCGAUGGCACGCGAGAAGUAUGGGUCUGCGCUACGUCAGACAGGAAAGCUGAUACGUCCGCCGCACACACCAAGUAUUGACGUAACCAUGAGGGCCGUCGUGGCAUUAGCGAUGUUCGAGGUCGUCAAAGGAACCCACCAUUCAACAGGCACUGUUCAUGCCCAUGUAAUGGGUGGUGCUGCAUUGAUGAGGAGUUGGUGCCCGAUGCCUAGCGUGCCCUUCGGUGGAUUUAGAGCCCUGCUGCAGUUGUGUUACUCGAUGUUUAUUCCUCUUCACGUAGCGGGCUUGCCGAUGCCUCCGGACUUCUACGACUGGGUUUCUUACGGAUCGCAACUACAGAUGCCUUUUGAUCUUCCUUCGACCGAUCUAGCAGUCCUGAUCGCCCGCUUCGUAGAAAUAUCUUCUUUCAUCAACAAUCACGUUGUUAGCGACGGCAAACCCAAGACGGCCAAUGUCAUCCAGCAACUCCUGGAACUGGACGCUGACCUUUCGGCUUGGGAGGCAGGGCUAAAGGGGGAAUGGGAAUAUCGUGUCGUCCACGCGACCCAUUUGCCACCGAAGGCAGUCUUCCAGGGUGAGUACCACAAGUACCAUGAUGUCUGGACUGCUCGCAUAUGGAACUACUACCGAUGGGCCCGAAUACUGGUCAACCAGACCCUACUCGACUUGGCAAAUCAGAAUCCUGUAUCAAGUUUGUCCUUACUGUCAGCAGCUACGCGCGACAAACUCCUGGAGCUCAUACAAAAGCUUGCAAAGGACACCUUAGUGAGCGCUCCAACACAUUGGCGACACCCCGUUUUAGACGAGACGGCGCAGGUAACCGUGGAGAGUCCGGGAGGAGGGGGGGCUGGAUCAGCAGGACUGCCGGCUCUACUGUUUCACCUGAAAGUAGCAGGCUGCGCUCCUGGGGUCCCAAAAGAAUAUUGGGAAUGGUCGCUGGCUGUCAUUCAGACUAUAUGGAGUGAUAUGGGCAUGUUGCAUGCACGAUCGAUGAUGGAGGCCAUGCGAGCCCACGAAGACACGGUGCACAGGACCGGGGCAGCAGGCAUUCUGGCAGAUGACUGCUUCCACUGCGGAGACCUGCAGCCGCAACGCGUGACCCUGCCCACCGUCCACCAGGCCUCGUAUCCAGAUGAUGAGCAAACGAUCAAGGUUGCCUCCAAAAAGGACACCAAGAACCAAUCCAACGGACCUAUCAAGCUGAAGAAGCCCGCGCCGAAGUACAGCAAACCCGGAAAUUGGAGGGAAGGGAGCGUCAUCGACGAUGACAAAAAGUCCAAGAAUUCCGAAUCAGCAUCAAUCUCCGUAGCCUCGCCAGGCCCGGUAGUCAACCCCCUUGACGAUAACGCGCGUGAAGCGUUUGCGACCGGUCGACCCCUCGAGGACAGCCCUGAUCUGCAACAAUGCAAACACUGCAAGAAGAGCAUUCUCAAGACAGCCGCAAAGGCACACAUUGCGCAAUGUCUAAGGUUGAAGAAAGAGAAGGCUCAGAGGAAGAAGGAGGCGAGAGAAGCUCGCGAGCGAGCCAAAGAGGCUGCGAGAGAGGAAGAAGCUAGAAAGGCUGACGAGGAUGGUGACGGCAAAGGUGAAGACGACAGCGAUGGUGAUGACGAUGGCGCCGAAAAAAAGGCAACCGGAAACAAGACCGCCAAGAAGGCCGCAGGCAAAAAGACAGAUGGAGAAGCGGGUAAAGGGAAAAAGCGCAAAGCGGAUGGCGAUGCGGAUAAGGGGCCAAAACAGAAAAAGAAAAAAGAGGAACCGAAACCCAAAGCCCCCAAGCCGAAAGGACCUGUUGAUGUUGAGCGGCAGUGUGGUGUUCUGCUGCCGAAUGGUCAGCCAUGCGCGAGAUCACUGACCUGUAAGAGCCACAGCAUGGGCGCGAAACGUGCAGUGGCGGGACGAUCUUUACCAUACGACAUGCUACUUGCUGCAUAUCAGAAGAAGAACCAGGCAAAGCAACAGAAGGCUGCGCUCGAUGCCAACGCGCCGCUUGAGGAUGAGGACGAAGCCAAUGCGGGACCUGUGGACUCCGACGAGGAAACAGCAGCCGUCAUGAGCGCGCUGGCGCAUUGGAACCCGCAGCCCGUAGUGCCGCAACCAGUGUUAAACCCAAUCAAGAGACAUUAUCAGCUUGCACGUCUUCACGAGCAGCUGCAAAUGGCAACAAACGGUGGCCGAACCAAUAUUUUCAAGGUUGUAGGUUUAGGUGCCCAAAAACUGCCUGAUGGCCACCCAGGGUUAGUUGAUGGAGAAGACGCACCAGGAGAGCCGGAUACUUCUGUCGCCAAUUUUGGCGCUUCUUGA